CCCGUCUCGAGACCGAUGCCCCUGGUUUGCCCAUGGGAAGAUGAUCAGUAUCCAACAUGCCUGUCUUCCAUCGGUUCUGGCAUACGCGGCUGCUACAACAUUACCACCUUCGCCUACUGAUUCUCCGCCCCGAUGCGACACCCCAACGUCGCAAGUCAUUAAUUUUAACCUACCAACUCUCCCUCUAAAAGGUAGUUCGACUCCCGUAAAUGGCGCUGGUAAGGAGUCGGGAGAGGAUAUCCACGCUCCCGCACUGGAAUCUUCAGAUCGCUCCCCAAACCGUCUGCCGGAACCAGAGCUGGAACCACGGAAUAAUGAACCGUCGACAGAGGACGAGACGGUUCCGGAGACUGUUCUGUUAGAGCCACAGGUUGAGAAGAAACCAGUGAUGGAGAAAGUCCACAAAGUGUCGUUUGCCCAGUUUGCCAGCCAAAUUCAGCUUCAAAGGCACCAAAGGAUCCAGAAGCGGAAUGUUUUACGACGCCUAUGGAAUCUCCGGGUUUGCAUUGCACUUUCUAGCCGACUGCUUCGGGUUGCGUCUACUGUGCAAAAAGGUUUGGUCGAGAAUUUUAAGCAUGGCGACAAGGCUGGUUUCAUCUCCGUCUACAAUAGCAUCUUUGAAAUUCGUGAUCUUUGGGAAUCCUUUUCGAAGCAUCAUGUCCUGGGUCACGACGAACCAUCUGAAAAUUAUGCGGACCGGCCGGGCAUUCACCCUUGUAGUUUUACCCAACGCCUAACCCCAAGGUCACGGGAAGAUCUCGUCGAAAUACUUACCCGCGUGAGGACCGAUUCGGACUUUUUGUUUCAAUGUUUAGUUAGCUUGUCUCCAGCUCAACUUUCAGCUCUCAUUUCUACUGCUCAUACAUUGGACGCUGGUGAGGCCUCCUCUCCUCUUGGCUCUCGUAACAAGCCGCCGUCGCUCUUCUCGAAGCGGGCAAAUUCUCAUUCCAAUGCCAUCAAGGAACAUGCUUUUGCGUUUGAGCGUACCGAUCCUAUCUCAGCUUUGUUAUUCAACGUCUUUGCAGCUCCCUUGGUGUCGAAUUCGCCAGAGUCCUACCUUCGCCUGAACGUUUGGUCCUCGACUUGUGCUAAAUUAAUAUCUCAUGGCGGAAGCGGCUAUUACUCCUUUGUUGGUCAAAUUUUGUCCAUCUGGUCUGGUGCUACGGAAUGGAAAGCAAAACCAAAGCUUGAGAUCUACUUGAUGGAUGUUCUCCAGAAAGGUGCCUUCUUGCUUGAAUACCCGGAUAACCGUAGAUUGGGUCUGGAUACCGACGGCUUUGAUCCCUUGAGGACUGAUGUUGCUGAACAGUUUUUCCAAGCUGCCGUCCAUGACUUGUUUGCAGUCCUUGAUGAUUCUGAUGCUGGCCUUCCAGCAGGCGCGAUUGAACUUGGAAAUGCUAUCCUCGGAAAGCUCGGUACAGCUGAAUUCCGGAAAAGAUUUUUGGAUUUUAUAUUUUUCCAGUGGUUCUUCCGCAAGCAUUUGCCCAGUGCGUUGUCCUAUUUGGAGGCACACGGGCUCAUGCUCGAUUUCCAUAUUACGAAAGAUGCGCGAGAACGACUCCUGGGGCAGAUUUCGCACCGAGCCCAGUUCUAUGUGUCCCGGAUCCUUCAAACACCGUCGCAAUAUACUCUCGUGCCCCCUAGAAUUAGACACCAUAUAGAGAAAAUGCUCUCACAUUUUAACCCUUCGCUUCCCAAACAUGCGACAUCUCAAACGACCCUUUCUGAUUACGCCUCGGCUGGCGACGUAUCCGAAAAUUUCCUUUUCCUAUCUCCGACUGAUAUUACUACGAUACUAGAUGUCAUUUUUCCCAAAGCAGGGUCGUUGAACUCAGCCGAGCCUACUCAAAACUUCCCGAAUUCGCUAUCCCCCACCUUUUGUUCCGGCCCCAAUGACGGACGGACAUUCGAACCAAGUCUUUUCCAAGGAAGAAUGAAUUCCUUUUCAAGUCGGUCUUUCAGCGCCAAAACUGUGUUCACCACCGAAAUAAGUUCUCAGGAUUCGCCAAAGUCUUAUUAUGUUUCGCCGAGCAGGACUGCUAGUCCCGUUUCGCCACAAGAAUCAUUCUCCCGCAAUGCGGAUCGCAUUCGCUACGAGCUUUCCGAAAUAAAUGAAUCCGAGGAUCGUCAUUCGUUGGGCGCCCCAACGAGUGAAGAUUGGGCGAUCAUCGCCAUCUCGACUGAUGGACAUCGGCUUUCUUUACAGUUGGACGAAGAAAACUCCGUGUCUCUGGAAGCCACGCCUAAUAAUCUGGCUGGUUUGUCAAUGGAAGAUCAAAACGCGCUGGAGAAUGCUAUUUUCAGGCUCACGGAUGAAUUUGAUCCUUUGUCAAACGUGGCCAGCACGGAAAAUGGAUCGAAUACACCUGACUGUGCCGAAAGUGAAUCUUCCCUAAGGCGUGGAUUUAUAAAUGCUAUGAUCCGCUGUCAGCGUCAGUCGGAUUUUCCUACUUCCCACUACUGGUGGAAUGCAGCGCGUUUACUACGAAUUGUCGCCAAGGGACGUCCCACAUCUGCCACGGACGAUAAGGUACUUAACCCGCUAUAUUGGGCAGCGAAGCACUCUGCAGAUUUUGAUUUCUCGAUUGUCAACCAGUGCUCGCCAAAGACUAUUGGACUAAAACAUACUCUGAACCAUUUUCAGAGUCAAGUCAAGUCAGCCAUGGGAAGUUUGGCGAAGUUAAGAAAUAAAAUGUGGUAUAUGACUGAUGUCAAAAACUCUCUGCGGUAUGAAGAUGCAAGGAAUGUAGCUCUCGCUUUGAAGUCGAUGGCGGGUUUCCAAGCUUUAUCAGCCGCUCCUGAACCCAAGUCGAAAUUUGGGUCCCGGUCGCUUGGUGGUUCUUUUCUUCAAAAACCGGAAAUUCAAGUUAUGAACGUGAUGAAAGCUCCGGCUAGCCAGGGAGGACCUACUAAACUAUCAGACGAGCAAGUUGAUAUCACGAGAAAAUGGCUUCACCGUUCUGGAAUCGAUAAUUUUUGUCGGGGAGAGGAGAGAAUACAUCGAUUUUCUUACGAGGUCAAGACAAGCGUCAGCAAGCUCGUUGGAGAAUCGAUGUACGAUAGUCCGGUUCUCUGGUCGAGUGAGCUCUUUCAAAAGGAGCGAUCGAUGUUCGAAGCAGCUGGCGCGCGUCCUCUUACGGGCCUCAGCACGGGAACAAGCAUUCGCCCAUCAAGCAUUACGAGUGAGGAGAGUCUAUAUCCUUACCCAUCCCAGUCCCUUGGUGGUCGAAACUUAGACUCUCUUUUCCGUGCACCUAAUGAUGUUCCGUCGCUCGUGCGGAAGUCUUCUUUCCAAAGCAUCGGGUCUGACAGAUGGAAGACGAAGGAUGGUGGCGCGGACACAUCAUCUAUUGGUGACUCGCCUGGUCGGGCAGCCUCGACUGUUGGAUCUUACCAGCCAUUCUGGUCCCCGAUUCACACCCAGGCCCAGUCUACUACGAGCAUAUCUAGCUUCCAAUCCCGCCCGGCGUCAAUGGUCAGUGAUGUUUUAACAACGCGAAGACUUGAACGCACCCCCCCAGGGAAAGCUGCUUUCUUGGAUGAGUUGAGGCAGACCUUGACCAGUCUGCUAUUAAGCGACCUUGGUUCUCCUGUCUGGAGUUGUGGAAGCGAGACCGAUGCAUGGUUUUCAGAUUAUCUGAACCAGGCCCGAAUUCGGGACCAGAUGGCCAAGAAUGAAAGACUCGACCGGUUCCUGGCUGACCUUUCUGCGCCUCUAAGCAUUCGACCCGAGGAUGACCCGAUUUGUCGAUCUGGAAAAAGUCUGCGGCGGAGUCUAUCUGCAGUUUCUCUGUUAUCUAGAUCCAAAGUAGCGAAUCUUGCAACGGGGUCGGAAGCUGCAGGCAAUGCGGAAAGGGAGACAGAGGAUAACUUCGCUUUCGGAUACAACGAGGCAUUCCGGCGGUUGAUGGAUCAAUUCUCGCGGCACGCAAACCCCUUCACAAAACUAAGAGCUUUGAAUGAUCUUCGUCGUCUUGUAAUCGCAUCUUUGACAAUCGGCAAUGGAAGCGUCGAGCUUGUCAAUAAUCAGUUUGCUGCCCUACCUAGGAUUUAUCGAAGGCAAGGACGUGGUCACAGGAAUAGUGUAUCGGAAGGCUCGAAGCCACUCAAUGUAGCCGAUGACCAGACUCCGACCCCGUCCUCGCCUGUUCCAGCUACGAAUGAGAUCUCGAGUGGAUCUUCGGCAAACAGUCUACCGAGUGAUAACCAAAUCAUUCGCGCAUUACGAGAGCUCAUCCAGAAGUUCCAGCCGAAAACAUUAUUUCGAGAUUUGCAAUUCAUUGCUGCUUUCGUUCCUUCGGAGGUAUUGAACAAGGCUGACGCAGGAACUGCAUUUUUGCAAUUCGGUUUGGCUGCGUUCGAAUUGAAGGAUGAUGUGUGCCAUAGCAUGGUUCAGAUUGCAGACAACAUUGUCUCUCAAGAGCUAAGCAAACGACAACGUCAAUCACCCUUCUCUCCAAGAAUUGGCAACGGCAUCGAAGAUGCGGCUAGAAUGUGGAUUAUUACAGCACAGGAAGGCAAUGCUGUGGCACAACGAGAGCUAGCCAUCCUGUACCUCACUCACCCAGAAAUAUUGCCGCGGGUCACAUUUCCCCUCACGAUGCCACGUGAGACUUUCAACCGUGACAUGAUGUAUCGGCGAGACUUGGAAUUGAAAUCUGACCCACAGAGCCUGUGUCUUGCGCUGCACUGGAUGCAGCUGUCUGCCGCUGGCGGUGACGAGCUAGCGCAAAAUAGACUGCGAGAACGAGAAGAAUUCGAAUCACUUGCGUAAUGAAGGAUUCAAUCAAAGAACCCCACGAUGUAUGCCUCCUUUGUUUCGUGCCAUAUCUUUUGUGUCUUUUGGAUUUGGUUGGACUCUGCCAUGCUAUUCGGUGAUCGGCGCCAGGUUUACCGCUUCAUCUUUACUUCUUGUGUUGAAUACCCUGUUUAUCUGAUUUUGAGAUUUUGUCAAGGAUCUCUUUAUACCCCGUUGCACUUGAACUUGAGUCCCUUUCUGUCCCUGAGAUUAUAUUUCUGUGGUAUAAAUGUCCUUUAGCAAUGGGUGGUUGUCUGCGUUUCCAUCUUGCAACAUUUUUUAUGCAUGACUGUUGUGUCAUCUAUCAUUUUACUGAAGAGAAAAAUAAAAAAGCAACGAAAUCAUUUUGUUGGAUCCGAGCACGAUUAUGGGAGUUUCAUUGAUAUCUGUUUGGGUAUCUGGUUUCUUUUGUUUUCAAUUCCCCUGUUCAAGUUAUGGCACUUUUCAUACAUGUCUGACACCGAAUUUGACUCCAGUGCUUCUGGAGAUGUCUCGAUAGCUUUACAUUCUUUUUAUUUCUUCUACGGCAUGAUAUUACGGGGUCCUUUUUGGUUCUAUCGUUCAAGUCUAAAGCCGAACCCAGUGUCUUUUUAUGGAAUCGCUUUUUUACAGUGGGAGGAUGACAGUCACUAAAUGGGGGUUUAGGACAGACAAAAAAUACUUUGAAAUAGGAAAUCAAGUCUUGACUAUAGCUUCUA